UAUGCUGAAGGAGAGGGUGGAGACAAUGAGAGACAGGUUGCCGGUAAUCACGGACCUGAGGAACCCGACCCUGAAGCCGCGUCAUUGGGAGGUGAUAGAACAGAUCCUAGACUACCACUUCACCCCCGAGGACCCUCUCACCCUUGGCAAACUCGUCGAGAUCAACGCCUUCCGCAACAGCGAGGCGCUGCAGGAGAUCUCAGGCCAGGCCAGCUCAGAGGCCAGUCUGGAGGCCAUCCUCAAGAAGGUCGAGGAUUCGUGGAAGUCGACAGAGUUCAUGGUCCUACCCCACAAGGACUCCAAGGAUGUGUUUAUUCUGGGUGGUACCGACGACAUCCAACAGAAUCUGGACGACAGCAACAUUAAUGUCGCCACCAUCGCCAGCUCCCGUCACAUCGGCCCGAUCAAGUCAAAGGUCGAGGAGUGGCUCAGGAAUCUGGAACUGUUCGGCAAAACUCUGGACGAGUGGUUGAACUGCCAGAGGAACUGGCUGUACCUGGAGAGUAUAUUCUCGGCCCCGGACAUCCAGAGACAGCUUCCUGCGGAGGCCAGGAUGUUCAUGCAGGUCGACAAGUCGUACAAGGACAUCAUGAGGAAGGUCAACCGGGUACCACUUGCCAUCAGAGCCGCCACCCAGCCAGGUUUGUUGGAGACUUUCCAGAACAACAACGCCCUCCUGGACCAGAUCCAGAAAUGUCUGGAGGCCUACCUGGAGUCCAAGAGAGUCUUGUUUGCCAGAUUCUACUUCUUGUCCAAUGACGAGUUGCUCGAGAUUUUGGCUCAGACCAGGAACCCGCUCGCUGUACAGCCACAUCUCAGGAAGUGCUUCGACGCCAUUGCCAAACUCGAGUUUGGUGUCCAGCAGUCUCAGGACCCAGAAGAGGAGGUACAGUACACCAACGACAUCCUGGCCAUGAUCUCCCCGGAGAACGAGAAAGUCAGCCUCGGCAGGGGUUUGAAGGCCAGAGGGAAUGUGGAGGACUGGCUAGGAAAAGUGGAGGAAGCCAUGUUUCAGAAUUUACGUAAACUUGUCAAGUUUGCGCUGACGGACUACGAACAGCGCCCCCGCUCUGAGUGGGUGGUGACACACGCCUCACAGAUCGUGCUGACCGUGUCCCAGAUCGUCUGGUGCCGCAGCGUGACCGAGAUCCUGGAGGGGGACCAUGACAGGCUCGAGGGCAUGAGGAACUUUGAGCAGCAGAACUUUAAGGAUCUGAAUGAGUUGGCCAGCAUUGUGAGAGGGGAAAUCCCCAAACUCGCUCGAGCGAACCUGUGUGCCCUGAUCACAAUUGACGUCCAUGGACGAGAUAUGAUCACGGGAAUGGUCGCCUCCAAGGUGGACACAGUGACUAACUUUGAGUGGCAGAAACAGCUGAGAUAUUACUGGGAUCUCGAGAUGGACAACUGUGUGGUGAGGAUGUCCAACUCGCUGUACGUGUAUGGCUACGAGUAUCUCGGGGCGUCGCCUCGUCUCGUCAUCACCCCCCUCACUGAUCGUUGUUACCUGUGUUUGAUGGGAGCCCUACAGUUAGAUCUGGGUGGUGCCCCGGCCGGCCCUGCAGGGACAGGAAAGACAGAGACCACCAAGGAUCUCGCCAAGUCGCUCGCCAAACAGUGUGUGGUGUUCAACUGCUCCGAUGGUCUCGACUACAAGAUGAUGGGUCGGUUCUUCUCCGGUCUGGCUCAGUCAGGUGCCUGGUGUUGUUUUGACGAGUUUAACCGUAUUGACAUUGAGGUGCUCUCCGUGAUCGCCCAGCAGCUGAUCACCAGCCGUAACGCCAAGGCCGCCAAGGUCUCCCGCUUCAUGUUUGAGGGUCGCGAGAUCAAACUGGUGAUGACCUGCGCCGCCUUCAUCACCAUGAACCCUGGGUACGCCGGGAGAACAGAGUUACCCGACAACCUGAAGGCCCUGUUCAGGCCUAUCUCUAUGAUGGUGCCUGACUAUGCCCUGAUCGCUGAGGUGAUCCUUUACUCGGAGGGUUUCGAGUCCUCCAAGAACCUCGCCAAGAAGAUGGUACAGAUGUACAAGCUGUGCAGUGAGCAGCUGUCUCAGCAGGACCACUACGACUUCGGGAUGCGGGCGGUCAAGUCGGUGCUGGUGAUGGCGGGGGCGCUGAAGCGACAGAACCCCGACAAGAACGAGGACGUGGUGCUGAUUCGCGCCCUCAGGGACAGCAACCUCCCCAAGUUCCUCAAGCAGGACGCAUCUCUCUUCCAGGCCAUCCUGCAGGACUUGUUCCCUGGAGUGGAGAUUCCAGAGCACGACUACGGCCGUCUGGAGGAGGAGAUCAAGAACGUGGUGGAGACCAAGAAACUCCAGAUCAUCCAAACGCAGAUCAAGAAGAUCAUCCAGUUCUACGAGACCAUUGAGGUCCGCCACGGGGUCAUGUUGGUGGGGCCCACAGGCGGGGGAAAAACCACCUGCUACACGGUGUUACAGGACACGUUGACCAAUCUCCACGCGGCGGGGGUAGAGAACCCGUUCUACCAGCCGUGUCACACCCACGUCCUCAACCCCAAGUCUAUCACCAUGGAGGAACUGUACGGGGGCAUCAACAAACUCACGCUUGAGUGGUCCGACGGACUCAUGGCCAUGACCGUCCGAUCCUGUGUACAGGACACCUCCAUGGACCACCACUGGGUGGUGUGUGACGGCCCGGUCGACGCCCUUUGGAUUGAGAACAUGAACACAGUACUGGAUGACAACAAGAUGUUGUGUCUGGCCAACAGUGAGAGGAUCAAGUUCACCCCCUACAUACACAUGUUGUUUGAGGUCCAGGACCUCGCAGUCGCCUCCCCUGCCACUGUUAGCAGGUGUGGCAUGGUGUUUGUGGACCCAGAGGAGCUGAAGUGGCUGCCCUUCACCCAGACGUGGAUGAAUGGAUACGCGGAUAAAGUGAAGGAUGAGAUUCGCGAGUACAUUCUGGAUCUGUUUGUCCGAUAUGUGGAUGACGGAUUGACAUUCAUCCGGAAGAAGUGUCAGCAGAGCAUCAACCAGGUGGACAUCAGUAAGGUGACCACGCUGUGCCGUCUCCUGGAGUCCCUCUUGUUCCGUCGCGGCGGACCGGACUUGAACCAGGACAUGAACAAGCUAAACCCGAUCCUGUGAACGACGUUCGUGUUCUGCUACCUGUGGUGUAUCGGCGGGAACAUCACCGAGAAUUACUGGGAUGCGUUCGAUACGUUCGUCAGACAGCAGUUUGAGGACAAUGGAGAUGCCAAGCUGCCCAAUGCCGGCGACUUGUGGAGCUGUUACAUGGACUUUGAGACGCGCCGCAUGGACCUGUGGGAGAAGAUCGUCCCUCCCUUCAAGUACGAUAAGGAGGUGCCGUUCUUUGAGAUGUUGGUCCCCACCGUGGACACCGUCAGGUUCGGCUACCUGCUGGAGAAGUUCCUUUCCGUCAAUCACUCCGUGCUGUACACAGGUGGAACAGGUGUCGGAAAGUCUGUAGUUGCUAGAGGACUCCUGAACGGAAUUGCUGAGAAAGCCGACUACGUGCCACAGUUCAUCAACUUCUCGGCUCAGACCAGCAGUAAGAGAACCCAGGAAAUGAUUGAAGGGAAGCUGGAGAAACGCAGGAAGAAUGUGAUCGGUGCCCCGCUGGGCAAGCGGGUGAUAAUCUUUGGGGACGAUUUGAACAUGCCUAAACUGGACACUUACGGCUCUCAGCCACCCAUUGAACUGUUGAGACAGUACCAGGACUUCGGCGGAAUGUACGACCGAGAAAAACUCUUCUGGAAGGAAAUCCAUAUAAGACAUUCUUCUGAUGUGACACUAUCCGCGGCCUGUGCGCCCCCUGGUGGAGGAAGGAACCCUGUCUCUCCGCGAUUCUUCCGUCACUUAGCCAUGUUGUCCAUCCCCCCUCCCUCAGAACACAGCCUCAAACACAUGUUCAUGCAAAUCCUGGCUGGGUUUUUCAUGGACUUCCCGACCGCUGUGCGUCAGACAACAGAACCGAUUUGUCAGGCUGCCGUGGAGAUUUACGGCAGGAUGUCGACCGACCUCCUCCCCACUCCCGCCAAAUCUCACUACGUCUUUAACCUGCGUGAUCUGUCCAAGUGUAUCCAAGGUCUGCUGCAGGCGGACACUGGCGUGAUCAGGGACGGGAAGCAGGUGUUCCGACUGUUCUGUCACGAGUCGAUGCGCGUGUUCCACGACCGACUCAUCAACAACGAGGACAAGAAGUACUUCCACACUAUGCUGGCUGAGAUGGCCAGUAAACACUUUGGGGAGAAUGUGGAGGCGGACAGUUUCACCACACAUCCGAUCAUCUUUGGAGACUUCAUCAAGCUCGGCGCGGAGAGAGCGGACAGGAUCUACGAGGAGCUGAGCGACAUGAAGAAACUGACCAAUGUACUACAGGAUUAUCUGGACGAUUUCAACAUGAACUCCUCCAAGGAGAUGAAGCUUGUGUUUUUCCUGGACGCCAUUGAGCACGUCUCUCGUAUCGCCCGCAUGAUUCGUCAGGACCGAGGAAACGCCCUGCUGGUCGGAGUCGGGGGCACAGGCAAACAGUCACUGACCAGACUGGCCUCCCACAUCUGCUCCUACAAGUGUGUACAGAUUGAGUUGAGUCGAGGCUAUGGCUACGCCGAGUUCCAUGACGACCUGAAGAAGCUGUAUCACUACGCCGGGGUCCAGAACACACACACCACCUUCCUGUUCACUGACACACAGAUUGUUGUAGAGGAGUUCUUAGAAGACAUCAACAACAUCCUGAACUCUGGCGAAGUGCCAAACCUGUUUGAACCAGAUGAGUACGAGCAGCUGAUCAUCGGCUGUCGUCCGGCCGCAAAGGAAGUAGGCAUCGCCGAGGGCAACAGGGACGCGAUCUACGACUUCUGUAUCAACAGGGUCAGGAACAACCUCCACAUCGUGCUGUGUAUGAGCCCCGUGGGGAGCGCCUUCAGGACGCGCUGUCGUAUGUUCCCGUCUCUCGUAAACUGCUGUACCAUCGACUGGUUCACGGAAUGGCCGCGCGAGGCCUUACUCAGUGUGUCCACUUCGUUCUUUGAGAGCGUCGAACUCGGAGAGGACAGUUUGAAGCAAAAGAUUGCUGAGAUGUGCGUGGAGAUCCACAUGAGCGUGAGUGACAUGGCCGAGCGGUUCUACAAUGAGCUGAAGCGGCGCUACUACACCACCCCGACCAGCUACCUCGAGCUGAUCCGCAUCUACAUCUCCAUGCUGCAGGAGAAAACCAAACAGCUGAAGAUGGCGCGUGACCGUGUGGACAAUGGUCUGAAGAAGAUCUUGGAGACAAACGUGCUCGUGGACAAGAUGAAGAAGGAACUCAUCGCACUCGAGCCAGAGCUCAAGAAGAAGUCCGAGGACACCAACAACUUGAUGGAGAGACUCGUGGUGGACCAGGAGGCCGCUGAUAAGGUGCGUAAAGUGGUGGUAGAGGACGAGGCUGUAGCCAAGGUUAAGGCUGAAGAGACUCAGGCCAUCGCCGACGACGCCCAACGUGACCUCGACCAGGCCCUGCCUGCCCUCGAGGCUGCAGUGAAGGCACUGGAUUCACUCGACAAGAGCGAUAUUGCUGAGCUUCGAGUCUUCUCCAAGCCACCCGAGCUCGUACAGACAGUCAUGGAGGCAGUGUGUAUCCUGCUUGGCUCCAAGACUGAUUGGACGUCAGCCAAGGUGCUGCUGGGAGACGCCAACUUCCUGAAGAAUCUACAGACAUAUGACAAAGACAGUAUCCCAGACUCGAUGCUCAAAAAACUCAAAAAGUACAUCGACAAUCCAAACUUUAUCCCAGAAAAAGUCGAGAAAGUCUCAAAGGCCUGUAAGUCUAUGUGUAUGUGGGUGCUGGCCAUGGAUUCUUAUUCCCACGUCUUCAGAACUGUGGAGCCCAAGCGAGCUAAGUUGGCUGAGGCCCAGAAGGAGCUGGACACGGUGAUGACUCUACUGAAGGAGAAGCAGGACCAGCUAGCGGAGGUGGAGGCCAAGAUCGCGGAGCUCCAGGCCACCUACGACAACAGCGUCCGCGAGAAACAGAAGCUGGAGCGCAACAUCGCCACCACCGCCGCGCGGCUCAAGAGGGCCGCCAAACUCACCACCGCACUCGGUGAUGAGCAGAUCCGCUGGGCCGAAACCGUCAAGGACUUCAACAAGCAGAUCGGUAACGUGGUGGGUGACGUCUUUGUGUCCACCGCCUGUGUGGCGUACUACGGCGCCUUCACCAGCACCUACCGCCAUGAACUUGUAGAACUGUGGACCAAUCGCUGCGUAGAGCUGGAGAUUCCUGUGACCCCGGGAAUGACCAUCAUCACGGUUCUGGCCGAUCCGUUCGAGAUCCGACAGUGGAAUUCUGAUGGACUUCCCAAGGACCAACUGUCCACGGAGAACGCCAUUCUCGUCACCAGGGGGCGUCGCUGGCCCCUGAUGAUUGACCCCCAGGAGCAGGCCAACCGCUGGAUCAGGAACAGGGAGGCCAAGAACGGUCUGAAGAUCAUCAAGCUGACGGACGGACAGUUCCUCCGGACACUGGAGAACUGUAUCCGGAUUGGAAUGCCCGUCCUGUGUGAGGACAUCGGAGAGUUCCUGGACCCUGCUCUAGAGCCCGUCCUACUGAAACAGACCUUCAUGUCUGGUGGCCGUCUGCUGAUUCGUCUGGGAGACAGCGACAUUGACUACGACCGUAACUUCCGGUUCUACAUGACCUCCAAGAUGGCCAACCCCCACUACCUGCCCGAGGUCUGCAUCAAGGUGACCAUCAUUAACUUCACGGUCACACUGUCAGGGCUGGAGGACCAGCUCCUCAGUGAUGUGGUGGGUCUGGAGCGACCAGACUUGGAGGAGCAGAGGAACCAGUUGAUUGUGAAGAUCAACUCAGACAAGAACCAGCUAAACGCCAUAGAGGACCGAAUCCUGAAGCUGUUGUUUGAGUCCCAGGGAAAUAUCCUGGACAAUGAGGAGCUCAUUAACAUACUUAACGAGUCCAAGGUGACAUCCGGCGUAAUCAAACAGAGGUUGAGUGAGGCCGAGGUGACAGAGGAGAAGAUAAACACCGCUAGAGAGAAGUACCGCUCGGUCGCCACGCGUGGUUCUGUGUUAUACUUCGUGGUGGCCAGUAUGGGAGAAGUAGACCCAAUGUACCAGUUCUCUCUCAAGUACUUCAAACAGCUGUUCAAUGCCACCAUCGAGUCGUCCGAGAAGAGCGACCAGCUGGCCGAGAGACUGAAGAUCUGUCUAAGGGAGACAACUAUGACCAUCUACAACAACGUGGCCAGAGGCCUGUUUGAGAAGGACAAGCUGGUGUUCUCCUUCAUGAUGUGUGUGGAGAUAAUGAAACAGGAGGAGAAGAUAUCUCCAGUCGAGUGGAACUUCUUCCUCCGCGGAUCGGCGGGAAUGGACAAGCAGCGACCCCCAAUGCCAAGCGUCCCCUUCCUGAACAACAUCAAGGUCUGGAACAACGCAGUCGACCUCGGAGAGGUGUUCCCCAUCUUCAAGGGGAUCCACCAGGAUCUGACCAAGACUCCGGUCUGGAUCCAGCUCGGAACAUUGGAGGUACGAGCAAACCCGGAGAGUUACGAGACAUACGAGGGCGUCCCACCGGAGCCGCAGGGCGUCCCUGGGGCGAUGGAGGACAUGGAGUCCGACAAAACGAAGGGUCACUGGGACAAACGCCUGACCAGCUUCCAGAAACUCAUGUUCAUCAAGGUCUUCAAGACAGAGAAGACCGUCUUUGCGGUGAGCGAGUUUGUGCGCGAGAACCUGGGUCAGAAGUUUGUAGAGAGCCCCCCGGUCGGCCUCCAGACCCUGUACGACGACAUGAACAGGAUUACCCCCCUUGUGUUUGUCCUGAGCACCGGCUCAGACCCCAUGGGAGCCUUCCUUAGGUUUGCCCGCGACAAGGGAUACACAGACAAAGUACAGUCCAUCUCCCUGGGUCAAGGUCAGGGCCCGGUAGCUGAGAAGCUGAUCCUUGCUGCGGUCAAGACCGGAGACUGGGUGUUCCUACAGAACUGCCACCUGGCGGCGUCCUGGAUGUUGGCCAUGGAGAACAUGGUCAAGGAUAUGUCGGAGAAACCGGACGAGAUCCACGAGGACUUCCGACUCUUCCUCAGCUCCAUGCCCGCCAAACACUUCCCGGUCAGUGUCCUCCAAAACAGUGUCAAAGUCACCAAUGAACCGCCCAAGGGCAUCCGCGCCAACAUGAGGAGGGCCUUUGCCGAGAUCACUCCCCAGUUCUUUGAGGAGCACGUGCUGGCCUCACAGUGGAAGAGGAUGAUCUUCGGCAUCUGCUUCUUCCACGCUGUCAUCCUAGAGAGGAAGAAGUUUGGACCACUCGGCUGGAACAUCAGGUACGAGUUCAGUGACAGUGACCGUGAGUGCGCUCAGCUCAACUGUCAGAUGUUCUGUGCGGACGGAGUGAUUCCCUGGGACGCCCUCAUCUACAUCACCGGCAUGAUUACGUACGGGGGUCGUGUAACGGACGCCAUUGAUCAGAGGUGUUUGGAGACCAUCCUCAAGACGUUCUUCUACCCCAACACACUGGAGCCAAACUACAAGUAUUCUCCCUCAGGGAUCUACUACGCCCCUGACUACCCGACUCUACAGGAGUACAGAGAUUACAUAGAGACCCUCCCCAUUGUGGACGAACCCGAGAUAUUCGGCAUGCACGAAAACGCCAACAUCGCUUUCCAGGCGGAGGAGACUGGUCACCUGAUCAGCACCAUCUUGGAUGUCCAACCUCGUCAGGCCAGCGGGGGAACAGGCAAAUCCAACGACGACAUCGUGUACGAGCUGGCAGAGAGCAUUCUGGGUAAACUGAUGGACAAACUCGACAUCGAGCAGGCCAAUCAGGAGAUGUUUGAGCCCGACUCGAAGGGCCGACUCAACUCGCUCACCACCGUGCUCACUCAGGAGGUGGACAGGUUCAACAAACUGCUCAAGGUCAUCAAGAAUUCCCUGUACCAGCUACAGAAGGCCAUCAAGGGUUUCGUGGUGAUGAGUGAGGAGCUGGAGCUGGUCUACACCGCCUUCCUCAACAGCCAGGUCCCCAGUCUGUGGGCGGCCGCCGCCUACCCCUCCCUCAAACCCCUGGGGAGCUGGGUCAAUGACCUGAUUUAUCGCUGCUCCUUCAUUGAUAACUGGGUCAGACAUGGUCAGCCUCGCUCCUACUGGAUGUCCGGAUUUUUCUUCCCACAAGGUUUCCUGACUGGCACGCUACAGAACUACGCCAGGAAGUAUAACCUGCCGAUUGAUCACCUGACCUUCCACUUCCACCCACUCCCUCAUUUCCGUGAGCAGAAGGAGGUCACUGCACAGAUGGCCGAACUCAAGUUUGGGGAGGAGAUUGAGCUUGAUAAAGGGCUGCCGAACCCCGAGGAUGGAGUGUUGGUCCACGGGAUGUUCAUGGACGGGUGUCGCUGGGACGAGAAAGAGAUGGUUGUCACAGACUCCAUUAAGGGCGUGAUGAACUCCGCCCUCUGUAUGUUCCACAUGGAGCCCAAGAUGGACUUUGUCCCCGAUCCUGCUGACUAUAUUGCACCGCUGUACAAGACGUCAGCCAGGGCCGGUGUUCUCUCCACAACUGGUCACUCCACCAACUUUGUUGUGUUUGUACAUCUGCCGUCCAAACAGCCGCAGGAUUACUGGAUCUCUAAAGGUGCUGCCCUCUUGUGUCAGCUCAGUGAAUAAAGGGCAGACAACUCUUAACACUACUCUAUUGUGAUGGAAGUUGAUUUGUGAACACAGCAUUUUUGUGUAUAUUUAUGUUAUGAACUUUAAAAGUUAUGAUUCCGCUAUUAUUCCGUCCUUGACCUUAAUAAUAUUAUUACUAUUUAUUAUUUAUGUUACAAAAACUGUGAUAAUAUGGAGGUAUUCGAGUGCAUUUCGAGUUUGAUUUUUUUUGGUGUAUUAAACAUGUAUUUACAAUGGAUUUAUUUUUGUAUGUAUAUUAUUUUUUACCUUUUUUUUGUUUACAUUAAAUGUUAUUAUUUCUUCUCCUAAGUGCAAAUUGUACGUUAAUGGCCUUCUUCAGAACUGUAUCUAUUUUCACUAAAGACAUAUAGUUAUGUAAUGAGAGACCUCUUUACCUGAUUCCAAGUCUAAGUGUGCCUUUGUUACAACUUUUUUGUUGGUUAGAUAUAUCUUUUUAUUAGUUAUAACAAUUCAGUACAAUGUACAAUCAUUGUGGGAACGGACCCCAUUUUGCCUUUGCUGUGAAUUUCACUUAUAAUCUUCAAGCAGGAUAUAUUGUACACUGAAAUUCAUCAAGCAUUCCUAAAGAUUGUGAUAAUUUGGUUGUGAAGUUUGCCUUUUGUCAUGUUGUAAAAUUAUUUGACCAAUAAAUGUUUCAUUAUAAAGUA